UCAAUGGCGUAGAAGCCUAAGCAUUCUCUGGUCAGGCAAAGUUGGAGACCUGGAGCGGCGGCGGUAAUGGCGCCUGUAAGGUCUAGAGGUGUUGUGGCAGCAGCCAUCUCCAUCUCCACGUCUAUUGUAGUUUUCUCUUAUUACUUCCUCUGGAACUAUCAAUCCAAGAAGAAAAAGAACCACUUGGCCCUCUCAAAGAAGAGGAGAGUAGGAAAUGGAGUUGUUGAUACAAUUGGGAACACACCCUUGAUUCGGAUCAACAGCCUCUCUGAUGCUACCGGCUGUGAAAUUCUUGGGAAGUGUGAGUUUCUGAAUCCUGGAGGGAGUGUGAAGGACAGAGUUGCUGUGAAAAUUAUUGAAGAGGCCCUGGAAUCUGGGCAGCUAGCCCAAGGCGGUGUAGUAACUGAGGGAAGUGCUGGAAGCACUGCUAUUAGCCUGGCUACAGUGGCUCCGGCAUAUGGAUGCAAAUGCCAUGUGGUUAUCCCGGAUGAUGUUGCUAUUGAGAAGUCUCAAAUUAUUGAAGCCCUGGGAGCUACUGUUGAGAGGGUAAGACCGGUAUCAAUUACACAUAGAGAUCACUAUGUCAAUAUUGCUCGGAGACGUGCUCUGGAAGCAAAUGAGUUGGCUUCGAAGGACAGAAAGCCUAGCCAGACCAAUGGCAAAGACACGGAGAAAAUUAAUGAUUACAAAUCUGAGGAAGAGAAACAAGGUUCAGUUUUUCCAAGUUCCUGUCGUGGUGGUUUCUUUGCUGAUCAAUUUGAAAACUUGGCAAACUUUCGAGCUCAUUAUGAGGGCACUGGGCCUGAGAUCUGGGAACAAACAGGUGGUAACUUAGAUGCAUUUGUGGCGGCUGCUGGGACCGGUGGCACUGUGGCAGGUGUCUCGAGAUUCCUCCAGGAUCAGAACCCUAAAAUCCAGAGCUUCCUUAUAGACCCCCCUGGGUCUGGUUUGUACAACAAGGUAACGAGAGGAGUGAUGUACACUAAAGAGGAGGCUGAAGGACGAAGGCUUAAGAAUCCCUUUGACACUGUAACUGAAGGAAUUGGAGUCAACAGAUUAACACAGAAUUUUAUGAUGGCAAAACUUGAUGGGGCUUUCCGAGGCACGGAUAUGGAGGCGGUUGAAAUGUCAAGGUUUCUUAUGAAGAAUGAUGGGCUCUUUCUUGGGAGUUCUUCGGCCAUGAAUUGUAUUGGGGCUGUAAGAGUGGCACAGUUGCUUGGUCCUGGUCACACAAUUGUGACAAUUCUCUGUGACAGUGGGAUGAGACAUCUCAGUAAGUUUCACAAUCCCCAGUAUCUGGUUCAGUUUGCUUUGACACCCAAAGCAACUGGCUUAGAGUUCCUUGACAUCAAGUGAGCU